AUGCGUGAAACAGUGAGACCACAUAGACAUAUCAGAUGUGUAAUACCCAGAGACCACAUAGAUAAGUCAGAUUGUGAGACCGCAGAAGUAUCGGAUGUUUUAGACCACAUACAUAUAUCCAAUCUAUACACUGAUCCACAGAGACAUAUCGAAUGUGCAGAAGGAGGAUUUCAUCAUCUUUCAAAUGCUGAAGAAGGAUUUCAUCAUCUUCCAAAUGCUGAAGAAGGAUUUCAUCAUCUUUCAAAUGCUAAAGAAGGAUUUCAUCAUCUUCCAAAUGCUAUAGAAGGAUUUCAUCAUCUUCCAAAUGCUAAAGAAGGAUUUCAUCAUCUUCCAAAUGCUAUAGAAGAAUUUCAUCAUCUUCCAAAUGCUAAAGAAGGACUUCAUCAUCUCCCAAAUGCUAAAGAAGGAUUUCAUCAUCUUCCAAAUGCUAAAGAAGGAUUUCAUCAUCUCCCAAAUGCUAUAGAAGGAUUUCAUCAUCUCCCAAAUGCUCUAGAAGGAUUUCAUCAUCUUCCAAAUGCUAAAAUAGAAUUUCAUCAUCUUCCAAAUGCUAUAGAAGAGUUUCAAAAUUUUCCAAAGGCAGAAGGGAUUCACGAUAUUUCAAAGGCAGCAGAAGGAUUGCACAAUAUUUCGAAAUCAGAAGAAGGGUUUCAAAAUAUUUCAAAGGCAGAAGAAGGAUUUCAAAAUCUUUCAAAGGCAGAAGGGUUUACAAUAAUACAAGGGCAGAAUUUCGCAAUACUUCAAAAAAAGGGUUUCAAGGCUUUAAAAGCAGAAGGAGGAUUUCAUCAUCUUUCAAAUGCUGAAGAAGGAUUUCAUCAUCUUCCAAAUGCUGAAGAAGGAUUUCAUCAUCUUUCAAAUGCUAAAGAAGGAUUUCAUCAUCUUCCAAAUGCUGAAGAAGGAUUUCAUCAUCUUCCAAAUGCUAUAGAAGGAUUUCAUCAUCUCCCAAAUGCUCUAGAAGGAUUUCAUCAUCUUCCAAAUGCUAAAAUAGAAUUUCAUCAUCUUCCAAAUGCUAUAGAAGAGUUUCAAAAUUUUCCAAAGGCAGAAGGGAUUCACGAUAUUUCAAAGGCAGCAGAAGGGUUUGUUUCACAAUCUUUCUAA